GCGGCCUACUUUUUAGGCGAGAUCUGCUUGCGAAAGUGCCAACUGCCUACGAGAGAGGCCGACCACCAGAUCCGCCGUUGCCGGAACAAGCCAACCCACGCUCCCCGGAUGCGAAUGCUGCUGUAAGCUGGUCUCCCUCGACCGCAACAACCGGACGAGCGAGUCGGCGUCGCCGGCGAUGGGGUGCUCCUUCUCGGGGCUGAACGCGCUGUACGACAACGUCGGCGGUGGCGGCGGUGAUGUCUGGGUCAACGACUACCGCUUUCGCGUGCUCCGCAGGCUUGGUGACGCCGGCCCCGCGGGCUCGUCCGUCUUCCUCGUCAAGGAGGUCGUCGCAGCCGCAGCCUCUUCCGACGGCACGGCUGGGGCGGGGCCCGGCACCUCCGGGAUCGCCAGGAAGAAGGGCGUUGACCCAUCACACAUCUCAGCCGAUGGAAUAUAUGCUCUAAAGAAGGUUCUUAUUCGGAGUGAGCAGCACUUAGAGCUUGUUCGGCAAGAGAUCCGAGUGUCCUCCCAAUUCAGCCAUCCAAAUUUACUUCCUCUUCUUGAACACGCCAUCAUUGCUGUCAAGGGCGUGCAAGAUGGAUCACAGAACCAUGAGGCUUAUUUGUUAUUCCCAGUUCAUUUGGAUGGAACGUUACAGGAUGUAACUAAAACCAUGCAAGAAAGGAAUGAAUCCUUCCCAACAAUUACUGUGCUCCAGAUAUUUCGUCAGCUUUGUGCUGGAUUAAAGCAUAUGCACAGUUUUGACCCACCAUAUGCGCACAAUGCGGUGAAACCUGAUAAUGUCCUCAUAACGCAUAGGAAGGAGUUGCCUCAUCUUGCAAUUUUGAUGGAUUUUGAGAGUGCUGGUCCAGCAAGAAGGGCUAUUAGAUCACAAGCCGAAGCUUUGCAGUUGCAGGAAUGGGCUUCAGAGCACUGUUCUGAUCAAUACCGGGCUCCUGAACUAUGGGAAUGUCCAAGCCAUGCUGACAUUGAUGAGAGGACGGAUAUAUGGUCUUUGGGAUGCACUUUGUAUGCGAUGAUGUACGGAAAGUCUCCAUUUGAUUAUCAGCUUGAUGAAUCUGCUGGUGAAAGCUUGCAUACUGUUAUUAGAAGUGCACAAAUUAAAUGGCCUACCGAAGCAGGAUCUUCGUAUCCUGAUUCUCUACGUCAGUUUAUAACUUGGAUGCUGCAGCCACAUCCUGCAGUUCGUCCCCAUAUUGAUGAUAUUAUAAUCCACGUUGAUAAGCUCAUAACCAAGUACUCUGCUUGACCGCUGUAUCAAGCUUACUACAGAAGAAAAGAGUUGUUAUGUAAGUCUAUAGAGCAUCUACACAAUUCAUUAAAUGUGAUAAAUAUAUGUUGGUUUGUAGUUAUUGUAUUAGAGGAGAAAAGAACAUUGUGCUGUAGACUAUCUUCCAGAUUGGGAUUGGUCUGCGCAGGAUCUCCUUCAACCAUUCCUGGACUCUUUUUUGUUCAUGAUUACGUUGUGUGUAGAUGUAUUCUUUUCUUAUUGCCCGUCAGUACUAUUGGGGGUUAAAUGAUAUCCUCCUUUUAAUUGCUGCUCAUGGUUUUAUACGAUC